AUUGUCCACAAGGCGUUGAAUCGAGACUAAAACCCGUGAACAGUAGUGAUUAAAAUCCGACCUGCUUCUGUCUCAAUUUCACUUUCAAUUUCGGAUCCCUUUCUUCCUCAAACCAAUUUCCAGGAUUUGAAAAAUGGCAGAUUCAAAACCAGGAUUGAGGAAGCCAGUGUUCACCAAGGUUGAUCAGCUUCGCCCGGGAACCAGUGGACACACUUUAACUGUGAAGGUGGUCAAUGCUAAGAUGGUGAUGCAGAAGGGUCGUCCCGAUGGUCCUCAAUCUCGCCAAAUGCGAAUUGCUGAAUGUUUGGUUGGUGAUGAGACUGGAAUGAUCAUAUUCACUGCCAGAAAUGAUCAAGUGGAUUUGAUGAAAGAGGGUGCUACUGUGAUCCUGCGUAAUGCCAAAAUUGACAUGUUCAAAGGAUCAAUGAGGCUUGCUGUGGACAAGUGGGGCCGUGUGGAAGUGACAGAACCUGCUAGUUUCACUGUGAAGGAAGAUAAUAACUUGUCUCUCAUCGAGUACGAACUCGUGAAUGUUGUUGUGGAAUGACUUAUUGGGACAUCCUGGAAUUUCUAAUGAGAAUAAAAGCAAAUUCAGCAAAGAAAUCUACCUUUAUUUUUGCUUAUUGGACAUCUCAUCAUGCUCAUCACAGGUCACCUUAGUUUAGGAAUAGAGAUUUGAGAAGCCAAUGGUACCAACAGGUUCUUCUUAGUUCUUACAGUUGCAAUAGACUCUGGAUCUUGCAGCUUCAACCACUGAAUAGAUGGUGGCUGUAAGUGCAAGAAGAAAAUGGAUAUUGGCUUCCAGAUCACGCUUUUUGUUAUGCUAUCUAUCAAUACUUCGGAUUAUGUGCAUCAGAAUAUUAUAUAUGGCAGGUGAGUGUUUAUAUUUGAAUUGGAUGAAAUCACUUGUUUAGUCUGAA